AUGGGUUCAAUCAACACAAUUGACAUGGUCAUCCAAAUAGGGGCCGAGGUCGCCGGCCGGAGGCGGCGCCCUUCCAUGAAAUCUGCGCACAGGGAGAGGGAGUCAGGGAUGGACAGUUGCUCAAUUCGAUCGCGGAGAGCUCAAUAUUGCCAAACAAUGGUCGGGGCUUGGGAGAAGCCGCGGCCCGACGGAAAUCGAGGCUCGAUGUUGCCGGAGGUCAAGGCCCGUCGGAGGUCGCAGCCCAGACGUCGCGGUGUUUCUGCACUAUGCGAUGCCGUCGAAAGCUUGGGCUUGUCGGACGAUAGUCGAGCGUGCGAACGGUCGCCGGUCGGAGCUUUGAACGCCGGGAGAUUGUCGCCGGCUACGUGCGCUCGAAGCCGCUGGAAGAGGUUCACCGGAGCGGCGCCGACGAAGGGCUCAACAGGGUCGUGUGGCUGA